AUGGUGAACACCAGAUCGCGCGACCCAAAACGCAAAGGAUCUUCCUCCGAAGAUGAAACUUUCGACCUCGCGGAAAACCCAGCCACCUCGGACUCAGACUUCGAAACCGCCACGACUACCAAAAAGAAGUCCACAACUUCCAAAAACAAGGCCGCAGCCGCCAAACCCCCCGCCAAAAAGCGCAAGAUCAAGGACAUUCCACCGCGCGAUGCUGAAGACGGCGGCGUGAAGUUCAAGAACGAUGCGAAGAACGAGUACACACCAGUGGUCGGACGCUUGCAACACCUUCGUGAUCACCCCAAGAUUAGAGACUUCACGCUUGCCGUUGACGAGAUCGCGUUGUACGACGUCACAAUGGGAGGCACUGUCAAGAAAAAACAAAUGAAGGUGAACGGCCAGGGCGUGUAUGUGAAUGCAGUCGUCACUGGCGGCCAACCAACCAAAGUCUGGUGUAUCAAGGCAUACCGGGUCACGUCAACGGCCGAUGGUCAUGCCAAGAAGGAAACGAUCGAAUACUUCGUCUCACACCCGUCUCAGGUGCGCAUCAAGUGCAACGCAAUAACCCAGCAGGUCUGCCCGACCAGAGCAGACGCCAUCCGGCUUGGUCAGAUCGUUGUCGACUUCACAAAUCGCUUCCCUGCGAUGUUUGAGGGCAGUCUAUGGAACUCGAAAUCCAAGUCAAAAUGGUACGAGGCAAGCGUCUUCGUGGAGGUGACCGCGCUCCUCGAUUUUGACAAAACAAUGGACCUCCCCAAAGUGCUUGGCGAGGGAUUUCUUCGGAAGUCCAUUGACGUCUAUUUCCAAGCACGCGCAACAUCGGCGGUGCGCGGGCCAAACGUUCGCGCUAUUGGCACAGGCAGACUGAACAGAAGGGCGGUGGCACAAGUCGUUGCAAAUGGCGAACUUCUUCAAUCCUCAUCGGCGCCUUGGGACGCAACGACACCUCCGUCAAAAGAACUUGACCUCACCGCAGUAGCUACGAUACCUGACUUGCCCAAGUCUUACGAGCCAUUUCUCCGCGAGGAAGACAGUGCUGUCGACAAUGUCUCGGUACGGCUUCACAGGUAUUGUCAGUCAACUCUCUUCGGCACCAUCGGACCAUUGGAGUUGCUGAAGCAAGCAUGGAUUGACGUCCAACUCAAAUUCCUCAAGAGAUCUCGACCGACACUUCCAUCACUCGGACCUUUCAACGGCUUCAGUCUGUUUCAAAAACCACUCAAGCAAGAGUCUGGCGGUGCUAUCAUUCAACUUACCAGUGCUGCUAUCGGAUCUGCCCUGGAAGUACCAGUUCGCCCUCGACGCUUGGGCAAGACUUCGGGUCUCUACUUCAUCACGGCAUCCCAGAGUCUCAUCCUGCAUUCACACAUCUGUCAGGCUGUCGUCAACAGCAUCUACCGCGGCGAAGGUCUGCUCAACGCUAUCCGCUUUGGACACUUGGCGUCCGCUGAUGUUGAUUCUGGACGAGUGGGAACCGCCGAUGCCCUCGCCAGCCUCGACAGCCAAGAGGCUCUGGACCCUCAAGCUCCUGUGGUGUGCAAUCAUUGCAUGCAAGUCACAGUCGUAGCCGAAGCGUUGCGAGAUGACAUCGGUCGGCGACUGUGUUCGCCUUGUGCUCGGAAAGCCACUCAUACCAUCUUGUCGGACAUUUCAUCUCACCUCACUGUGCAGGCAAGAAUCCUCAUGCUUGUGACCAGCACCUUGAGGAAAGAUAUCGACAAAGCCUCCCCCAACCCCAUCCACAAAGUUGACGCGCAAUCAGUCCUCCGCACUCUUGAGAAGCAAGCAAUCGAUGAGAGCAGGUGGAGAUCGGCCUGCAGUUCAGGAGAAAGAUCCAUCGGCGACGCAGUUUGGACUUUUGGACCACUUCGCUCCGAGUAUUCUGGAUACCGCUUCAGUCACCCUGAGCAGAUGAGCAUGGGAAAGCCAUUCCCGAUUUUCAUCGACGAAAAUGGGACUUCAUUUCAUGGUCCGAAGAACACCUUCCUGCAAACACUUCUUGAGAACCUCCUGCAGGGCGACCAUGCUAUCGGUCUCUUGCCAUGUUUAGCCGAAGUUGCCACGGCUGCGAUAUCCAUGAAGCAAGACCCGUCGCCGCCUUCUUUCGGCUACCCAGAGGCGCUCCGGCCUCUCUACGAAAAGUUCGACAGAAUGGCCGACAACAGCUACAUGAUCUUCGGCGGAUUACCUGCCAGCAUUUCCGAGCGCUCGACACAGACAAUUUGGACGACUAAGAAUAUGAAAAAUCUUCUCGCGAUGCUCAAGAGCUGUGAGUGGGAUGGCAAGGUCGUGCGUUCUUCGCAAAACAACGAGGGGAAAUGCCCGACAUUGAAGUUCAGAUUGUCGGUUAUUGCCGGUCACGCUGAGGUUUACUCUCUAGGGAGGGCAACUCAUCGGCUCGAUCAACACGGCAAUCCUACUGACGAGAUUAUCAAGGCCGGAGAUGCCCUGCGGACAGGCUGCACAUCCCUCCAUCCAGUCGACAUUGAAAAGGAGUACGACUUUCGUCGUUGCACCGUUGUACGAGAGUCCUUGCUUGUGAACCGAUCACGAUCCAACCACCCUUACAAUGAUCUCGCACCCUUACUUACGGCCAUUAGCAAAAUCUCCGUGGAUCCGUUGUAUUGCGACCCGGUACGACCAGCCAAAGGGGACUAUCGCCCUGUCAUAUUGCCUCGGAGAUGGAAUAUUGGAGGACUGAAUCUGGUUGCAGCCGCAGAUGCCAGGGAACUGUUGAUGACUGCCUCGGAACGCGUCGCCACUGAGGUUCUUGAUGAGUACGAUGACUUCACGAAACAGGAGGGUUUCCUUGAAGUCGAUGACGAGGAGAAAGAAGAUUUGGGAGAGAAGCCGAAGUCAGCAGAGGGGAAGGAAACAUCGCCAACUGCAUCGGAGAAGCAAGCCUCGGACGAAGAUCAAACCAAAGCAUUCAACGUCCUGGUCUACGACAUCAACACUCUCUCCCUGGAGCGAGACGAAACCAUGACAGCGCACUUUUACAACCUCAUGGUUCCAAAUAUGGUCGAUCCCGAUAGCAUCGCCGCGAACUGGAUCAUCUCGGUCAAGUCCGCGGAUGGAGGAGCCACUCUGCACGCCGUGCCAACAGAUGAUCAUGUGUUCAUUCUUCAUGAACACGAGGGUCUUGUCGUCGCCAAUUGGGAGGACAAUGGCACCGUCACAGCUGUGGAAUCUGACUGGCAAGCGGAGAUGAUCAUCACGGCUGGCAACGCCGGACAAGAUUUGCAGACUGUUGAUGAUACCCAGCCGACUCUGCCAGAGCUGUAUGAUUGGUUCCGAGGCACCAACAAGGAAAGCUUCAUGGCUUCAAGCCAGACCGACGAGGUCGCAGCGAAGAUGGUGCAAUUUCUCAACGCAUUCGAGGUCGUUGCCCAGUCCUCACAAGACAUCCCUGGAAACUUCAGCGCAGACCACUUUGCCGGCGACGUCGCAGAAUUCUUCGACAUGGUCUGGCCGACUUUUUCAGGCAACUUGGAUUCCAAACCAUUCCAUCGCGGAGAAUUGCUGUAUUGGCGCACUUCCUCAGACCGUCUCUCUGGUACCAUGUCAACCUGGGACAAUACCCCAAUCAGAAGCGAAGAGAAUGGAGGCGAUGACAGCAUGGAGGGCGUUGAGCAGACUACAGACAUCGACAAGAAAGCAGGUGCUCAGCAAGUGGAAUCUUCAUCGGUCAAGGCAGACGAUGAGGAGAUGCAAGAUGUUGAGCAAGCCACGCCUUCGGUAUUUGAGACCGUGCAGGAUCUCAUUGAGUGGUGGGAGACGUGGGACAGUCGCGAUGAGGCCGAAUUCAAGUCCUUCGUUCGGUAUUCGCCGCUGGAGGAAGUCUACGCCAAAGCCCACGCCAUCCUGGUUGCUAUCCGGGCUGAGAAUACGCACAUAUUGGCUCCCACUCUUGCCAUCGACGCAGCGAAGCUGUUCAAUCAGAUUUGGGCCAAAGGCGGUUCAGUGAUCCGCUUCACACCGAACGAUGUCAUGGGAUGGAUGCGCCCCGACAGCAAGAAGGACUUGAAGAUCUUUUCGGGAUGGAUGGACCGAAAGCAACAAGCUAGGAGCAGGCUCGACGCAAAGACGGCUACAGGAGCUGAGAAGGGGAGUCGACUACAACAGAUGUUGGGCGAGAUCAAGGCAAAGCAAGCUCAGGCAGAUCAACUUCUGGAGCAGGUCGCCCAGCUCAAGAAGGAUGUGCUCGCAGCCCAGAAGGAGCAGAACGAUUCGCGCAAGCAACGCCAGGCGGACGAGGCGCUUGUGAAGGAGGAUUUCUUCCGGAAGUUUUGA